UCUUCUCACUUGACGAAGUUUCGCAAAGUGAAAAAAACGCUGUUCGAGCGCAAUUGAAGUUGGGUUCUCGCAUCGAUGAAAAUGAGAGUACGCGUUGGAUUUUUUCUCCUAGCCUUUCUCGGUUUCUUUUCUGCUUUUAGCUCGGCUCUGAAAUGUCCUGGCGUUGCUCAUUACAAGCUGAGUUUCUACGGCAAAUGGAGUAACAUGACUCACCCGAAUGCUGUUCCUACAAAGGGCUUUCCUAUGUUUUCACCUUGGGUCGGCGCCUCUCACAGUGCAGAUUACUCCAUGUGGAAGCCAGGAAUGAUGGCCUCAGAAGGCGUACAACAAGUUGCUGAGACAGGUAAUUCGUCACUCCUGCGAGAUGAAAUCAUGAUGCGUAUGAUGUACAACAAGACAGUGUGGAAACUGAUCCAACAACAGGGCGGUCCCAUAAACGGCACAGACAUGGUGGAGGGCAUUGAUGUUGAGGUCACGGCCGACUAUCCUUACGUGUCGCUGAUUUCCAUGAUCUUCCCCUCUCCUGAUUGGUUCAUAGGAGGCGACUCUAUAAACCUUUGUAAUAAUGGAAACUGGCGUGACAGCUGGAACGUAGCAAUGCUGCCGCCAUGGGAUGCUGGGACUGAUAGUGGAACCACGUUCACCGCCGAUGACGUGGAGACAAGUCCCCAAGGGAAUAUCGCUGUUAUCAACACAAUGAUGAACACUUCCUUUAUGAACCUUCAGGGAGACAUUCCAACCAUGGGCAUGCUGAUGUUUCAAAGAGUCAAUAAGCCAACGCAGUAUAUGUGCAGCGGAGAGCAGAAGUACAUGCUCAAGUUUGAAGGAAUGUGGACCGAACAGAGGCAACCCAUGGGAUACCCGUCCAAUCCUCGUUUUUCACCUCUCAUCGGUUGCACCCAUAUGUAUAACUACAGGUUCUGGAGUCCCAUGACUAUGGCUUCUAAAGGAGUACAGAUGGUCGCAGAAACAGGCAACUACUCAACAUUGUACUACGAGCUGAAAAACUUCAUGGGAAAAUAUCAGGGAUACAUUCACAUGAUUUACAAAGCCGAUGAAAUGUCUGGCGCUGCAAAGAAUACAACUAUGAUGAUAACGGCGAGUGGCAAGUAUUCCCAAGCCUCUUUCAUCGCCAUGAUUGCUCCCUCUCCUGACUGGUUCGUUGGAGUUCAUGGCGUAGAGCUCUGUGGAAGCGAUGGCAAAUGGAAGGAGAGUGUGUCCAUGUACUUGCCCGCGUGGGAUGCUGGGACAGAUAGUGGAAUGAACUUCACCUCAGAAAAUGCUCCCACUUUGCCGCAGGAUGUUGUCACAGUCAUUACAAAGGACAGCGAAACCGUGCUGAAGGGAAUGAAUGACAUCCCCGCCUUCGCCAAAAUCACCUUCACCAAAUAUACAGCGACCAAUCCACCGAGCUCAGGGGUUCAGGGUAUUUCCGCAACAGUUGGUACCUUUCUGUCUGUUGCGUUUCUCGCCGUCAUUUGCUUUUUGUCUUAGCUUCGUUGAGAUUAGAAGAGGCUAGUCGGCACGGCUAGGGAAACACAUUCCCAUUCGUCCCUUCUCUGUUCACACAAAUGGGGGAAUUUACCGCGGCAACAAAGCCUAAGAUCUCUAGCUUGCGUAGAUACGGGGUUUAAAGGGGAUCGCUUCUUGACGUCAAACCGGUACUCACGUAAAUAUUCGUUUUACGUACCUUCUUUUCCAUCAAAUUAGAUUGAACUCCGUAAGUUGAUUUUCAACUUCCAUCAGUGAUAUGUUAACUACGGAAGUUGAUGAAGCUUACAACUGCUCUAAAACUACGGAGGAAAACUCUAACUUGUUUUCAAGAUUUUUAUAAGAUGCUGUGGACUUUAACACCAACGCCAUGUAGUUUUGCUGGCCUUCACUUAAAUUUUCUAAGUAACAGUAGCAAACUUGAAACAAGACCGAUAAAAAUUUGUCAAAUUCAGCGUGCCACCUAAAAUGUUUACUCCAGUGCGACUGUUUUAGUUCUGAUGUUUUUCAAAUUAAACAGUGUCUCUGCUUUUAUUUUUUAUUUGACAGUAGAAAACUUGAAACAGGUGCUGGAAUUUGUCAAAUUCAGCGUGCCACCUAAAAUAUUUUACUCCAGUGCGACUGUUUUAGUUCUGAUGUUUUUCAAAUUAAACAGUCUCUCUGCUGUUAUUUUUUAUUUUUACAGUAGCAAACU